AUGUCAUUAUUUGGUUUAAUACUGCUCAUAUCGAUGCUGUUUUAUUCAUUUGAACAUGCGAUUUGGCUAUCAAAUGAAGAAACUUCUGAAUUAAUCAGAACAAAGAAAAGUAUACAAGGAGAUGAACAAUACGAUAACCUUCAGUUUCAAUCAGUUGCUGUGAAGUCUGAUUCAAAGUUGGAGUUAAUGCAAAUGAGUAAAGUUCUUGGAGACACUUACAAAUUACAACAGAAAGAAACGCAUCGCGAACAAGUAAGAUUACAUCUAUUAUUACUGACAUUUUCUGAACAAAAGAAGUAUAUUUAUCAAUUGAAAUUCGAAGAUUCUCAUCAAUGA